AGAUUGACGAACUUUGACAAUUGGCUAAAGUAAGGAAGGGGCGUUUGUUCGUUAUUCAGAGGAAUAAAAAGUCCGACGCCAUUUUGUAAUUUCGAAUCAAUUAAUCGGUUCAGCAGAAUUUAUUAAAAACAUCUAUUAGUAAUUCAAGAAGUAUAUCGUUGAAAUGUGUCUGUGAUACGAAAUAUUCAGUCUGUCUAACGGUAUUUAUUAUGUGUUGAGUUGCUUUGUUAGUACUUCAUAUAUCCAAUAGUUAUAUAGUAUUAAAAGAGUUGAGUGGAAAAAAUGAGUUCCAAAGAUGAUGAAUACGAUUAUCUUUUCAAAGUGGUCCUAAUUGGAGAUUCGGGUGUAGGAAAAAGUAACUUAUUAUCCAGAUUUACUAGAAAUGAAUUCAACCUGGAGUCUAAAUCAACAAUAGGAGUAGAGUUUGCCACACGUAGUAUGAAGGUGGACGGCAAGACGAUAAAGGCCCAGAUAUGGGACACCGCCGGCCAGGAGCGGUACCGCGCCAUCACGGCCGCCUACUACAGGGGCGCCGUGGGGGCGCUGCUGGUCUACGACAUAGCGAAGCACCUGACGUACGAGAACGUCGAACGCUGGUUGAGGGAGUUGCGCGACCACGCCGACCAGAACAUCGUCAUAAUGCUGGUCGGGAACAAGUCCGAUCUCAGGCAUCUAAGGGCCGUUACAACGGAGGAGGCGAAGACGUUCGCCGAGCGCAACGGUCUCUCCUUCAUCGAAACGUCGGCGUUGGACUCGACGAACGUCGAUAUGGCCUUCCAGAACAUAUUGUCAGAAAUUUAUAGAAUUGUAUCACAGAAGCAGAUCAGGGAUCCACCAGAAGGCGAUACCAUUCGGGCAGUAAACGUAGAACCAAUAGAUGUUAAGCCUACAAUGAAUAGCGAUGGAGUUCGUAAACAGUGUUGCCAGUAACACACUUUUUUAGCAAUAUAUUGAACAACUAUUCAAACACAGAUUCUGCAUAUAUAUAGUAGUGAUUUCUGUACCAUUCACCAGUGGCUAUUUGUGUUAUUUUUUUAUUGAAAAUUCUUGAUAUAAAUGUUGCUGAGAAGCAACCAGCAUCUAAAGUUCUCGAGUACUUGUUGCACAUCAGUUUUCGAGAUUUUUUACAUACUGUUUUGUUUAUAUUUUGUUUAAGUUCAUAUUUAUAUUUUUGGUAUGUAAUAGGCUCUAUAAUUAGAUAGUGUUUAUAUUAAAAUAUUCAAAGCAAAAUUUAUGCUUGAAGCAUGUGAUUUUAAUGGAGAACAAGAAAUUAGUUUCAUUUUGUUCAGACGUGUUAUUCCUUUUUGAGCUACAUACAGUAAAAUAAUUUGGUUCUUUUUUUCUGGUCUUUUGAAAAGUUGGAAUAGCAUUUUCCACUAAUAAUAAUUUAGCUUCAGCAGAAAAGUUGUAAGAGGUAGUUAAUGGAAAUUCAUACUAAAUAAAUAUUUAAUCAAUAUUGUUUUCUGUGUACAGUUUUCCAUAGUUUUGGUUGAAAUAUCUUUGAAAAUAAAAUAAUAAUUUCAUGAGAGUUAACCCCGUUUUCCAUAAAAAAAAAUUAAAUAUAACUUGAUUUGAUUGGAAUAACAAAAACAGUUGUAUGUAUAUAAUUGUGGUGCUAGUUUGAGAAUUUGUAGGUGUUUCGGGGUAGUUUCUCUGAAAUGAAGCUGAAAUUAGGUGUACAUUGUGUACUCUUCUAUUAAGUUUUCUUAUUUCAAUCUUUGUAACUCUUUCUAUAUAACUGAUAUAAUAUGAUGUAACAUAAGCUUUGUCUCAAAAGUUUUAUUAUAUUUAAUUUUCAAAUAAAACAUGUAUAUUUAAAUGUC